UAAAGUGGGAAGGACUUGCUUGUGGUAAAGAUGGCGUCGUCCUCAUCCGUAGGACGCGUUGUGACUCUCUGCAAGCAGUUUCAAAAUGUUUUAAGGAUAUCUUCAGCGAUAAAUACUCAGAAAUGUGCUACUAACUUGACAAAAGUCCAGUCUCAUCUUUACAGCAGGGAAAAGUCUCCACUCGUUGCCCCAUGUUGGUUCAGUCCCACCAGCUCUCUGGGUCAGUGUCGCGCCCUGCACACAACCAUCAGCAGAAGGGGACUGGAAGAGUUCUUCGACUCCCCCGACACCUGGGGAGAGACCGCAGUGAAAUCAGGUGCACCGUGGACUGCCAAACAACUGAGAGCAAAGAGCAAUGAAGAGUUACACAAACUCUGGUAUGUGCUGCUGAAAGAAAAGAACAUGCUGCUCACACUGGAGCAGGAAUCAAAAAGGCAAAGAGUUCAGAUGCCGAGUCCAGAAAGAAUAAGAAAGGUUGAGCGGUCAAUGAUCAGGGUGGAGACGGUGGUGAACGAGAGAGAGACGGCGCUGCGUCUGCUGCAGACAGGACAGGAGAAAGCCAGGCCAGGAGCCUGGAGGAGGAACAUAUUCGGAUACGUCUACUGGUAUCGAUUCAAAGAAUAUGCUAUUCCUUGGAACAUGAACAAAAGAUACAAGCGAAAGAGGUUCUACACACCUAAGUUUGUUGAACCACACAUGAGGCUGCGUUUAGAGAAGCACCUUCGGGAAAAGGCCAGGAAAGCCUCCUUAGAGAAGGAAACUCAGGCCAAACUCCUCAAGAAGUUUCCUCAAAUUAAAGCUACAGCAUUAUGAAAUUUCCCAUUUUGCUUGUAAGGAGUUUUUGACAGCUGUGAUUCUGACAUCUGUCCAGACAUGAAGCCUGCUGAGGCGAUACAAGUAGAUUGAGAUUAAGUCUGAAUCAGCUCACUUUGAAUAACUGAAGAUGGUCUGAAACUGUUAUCCCAUGUUGAGUAAAAACGUUUGUCCAGCUGGUAUUUGAUCCUAUACGAUAAAUUAUGUUCCAUUUCAAUAAAAUGUUUUCUCUGUAUUCAUAAAUAUAAAAAACACAAAUCA